ACAGUCAGACAGACUCGGGAGUGAAGAACGCUUCACGUCAAAGAGGAGCUAAAGAAACGACUGAUCUUCACAACCUGAAGGAAGGAUGAACUCUGGGAUCCAGUGCAUCGUUCUCCUGGCCUGCAUCUCCAUCUGCUCCUCAGCCAGUAUUAUGAGGUGUAAGUGUAUAAAAACGAUUUCUGCAGUAAGGCUCCAUCUCAUCGCUGAUGUGAGAGUGUAUCAACCUGGUCCACUCUGCAGCCAACAGGAAGUGAUCGUCAUCCUGAAAGAUGAAACCCAGCGCUGUCUGGACCCACAGGGACGUCAGGCUCAAGACCUCAUCAGAAUCCUGACAGCAAAAGAAAUGCAGACAAAGGCUGAGCAGACGAGCAGCGUCAACGCAAAAGUAACUACUGCAGCAACCACAAGUACUGCAGCAACCACAAGUACUGCAGCAACCACAACUACUGCAGCAACCACAACUACUGCAGCAACCACAACUACUGCAGCAACCACAACUACUGCAGCAGGAACAUCAACACCAAUGGAAGCAACACCAGCAGCUACAUCAACAUCAUCAGCAGCAACAUCUCCGUAAUUUGUUUUAAAUUCACCCUGUGAUCUGCCGUCCUUGUUGUUAAUAUCAACUCAGCGAAGACCUGAAACAGUGACAAGACACGUUUUAGUUGUCAUGAAGUUUUAGCACAACUUCACUUUCAAAUCUGUCAAUUCCUUUGUGUGAUGCCUUUUAAUGUGAUAUAAUUUAAUUAGUCGAUAAUUUAAACUCAUGGAUGUAAUUUGUAAGCUAUGGUUGUUUAUUGUCAACAUUUAUCUGUAUAAUUUUAGCUAAUUAAGUAUGUACGGUUUUUUUUUUAUCUAUUCAAAUUCUCUUCUUUAUGAUGCCACGGAUGGAAACAUAUUUUAUAAUAAACAACAGUUGAUAGAAACACAAAAG